CUCUCCGUAAACCUCAGUCAUAUUUCCCAAGUUCUCGCUGCUCGAGCCGAACGUGCAUUUCCGCGCGAAUGUGGCAAAACCUACGCAUUCCGUGGAUCACCUCGCCGGUACUGCCUCUAAUAUGUUGGCCAGAGAGGGGUCUGCGCGAGCGGAGCCUAUGUCUCGGCCUGUCUUCCGGUAUUGGAGGGCGAGUGGGCCUUCGAGCUCAUCAAUGGAGUUCGGUGCCGAGACGGGGUACGGAUUUGGCGGCAUUUGGUAGCAAAGACGAGGGGCAGGAUGAUAAGCAGGAGUGGAUUCAUUUCGUUGGUGUUGGCGGCGCCGGCUUAUCGGCACUUGCAAUGCUUGCUCUCAAACAAGGUUUUGAGGUUAGUGGCUCAGACAUUAUGUGGAGUAGCUAUAUGGAUAAUUUGCAUAAUUCUGGAGCAAGACUUUUUAUCGGACACUCCAUGUCAAAUAUUGAAAAGAACGAUGGAUUAAGUCUGCCUAAUGCAAUUGUUAUUUCAAGUGCUAUACCUGCAGAUAAUGAGGAGAUUGCACAUGCUAUGUCAGUUGGAGUUCCAAUAUAUAAGCGGGAUCAUUGGUUGAGAAGAAUUACAGAGAAAUACAAUCUUAUUGCUAUUAGCGGAACCCAUGGAAAAAGCACCACUGCAGCAAUGCUUUCAUAUGUCAUGCAUGCCAUGGGGGACAAUCUUGUUGCAGUUAUAGGAGCAAAUGUGCCACAAUUUUCAGGAAGUAUUAUUCCAGGGAAAGGUCCAAACUUUGUGCUAGAGGCUGAUGAGUACGAUAACUGUUUUCUUGGACUAUCACCUGAUAUUGCUGUGGUGACUAAUGUAGAAUUGGACCAUGUUGACAUCUUCCAGGAUGAGGAGGCUGUGUUAAAGUCAUUCAAGAAAUUUGUUAAGCAAGUCAAGGCUGGUGGACACCUCAUAUUCUGUGGGGAUAGUGCAGGUGCUUGUGCAUUGCUUAGUGAGCAGAGGCAGGAAGCUGUUGCAAGCAAUUGUACAUCAGCAAUUUCGGCAAUGUCUAGGCAUGGAUGCACUGUAACAACUUAUGGACUUUCUACAGAUAAUGAUUGGUCUGCAUCCUCUAUUACUCCAAAUUUACUUGGUGGGCAAGAUUAUAUGUUGUGUUACAAGAAAUGCAAAAUUGCAAGGAUCAGCCUACUACUACCAGGGGUUUAUAAUGUUCUGAAUUCUUUAGCGGUUAUUGCUACUAUGGUAACGUUGGUCAAUGGUAAAAAUUCCAUCCAUGAAGCAAUCUGCUUUGUGAGAAACCACUUGAGUAAAUUCGAAGGUGUUUCUCGACGAUUUGAGUUGAUUGGUAAGAUAAAUGGAUGCCAGAUAUAUGAUGAUUAUGCUCAUCAUCCAACGGAAGUUCGUGCUGUCCUCCAAGCGGCUCGGGAAAAAUUCCUAAAGCAAGCAAUAUGGGUUGUUUUUCAACCACACACAUUCAGCCGUCUGUCUGCUUUCAUGGACGAUUAUUCAACAGCCUUCAAAGAUGCUGAUCAUGUUGUCAUAACUAAGGUUUACGGUGCUAGAGAAAGAAAUAUUUGGAAUACCGACGGAGAGGCCCUGGCAAAUGUGAUAGGAGGUAGAUCAACUGAAUACAUACAUGAACUGGUAAUCUACAAUAUAGUCCACAAAAAUAUCAUGUGUUGUACUCUUUCUUUCCUGUUCGUAAAGUCUACUGUGUAUAAUGUUUGUCAUUAUCAUUCUUUACUUUGACUAAUUAAUCGUUAUCACUAGUGCUUUGUCGAGAAUAGCUCAACAAAUGGGUUGAUGCUUUGGAAUUAGGCUGCAUAGCAAGGAUUCAAGUUCCAGCAGUGAGGAAAGUCUACUAGUAAGUUACAUGCUAGGUUAUCAAAAGCUAGAUCUUGUCCUCGGUCAAAUGGUUUGCAACAGUUCAACAUGGGUUUGUGGGGGACUGUGGUAUCUAAUGAACAAGCAAAUCUUGUGUUUUUAUUUCUCGUCAAAAUGAUACAUGGUGAUAUGGUCUGGCAUGUAUUGUGGCUUGAAACACUACGGAUUAGAAAGUGCUAUUUAUGAAGCACUAUCAAAAUAAUACUUUUGCAAUAAUUUUUGAAGCACAUAAUAGUUUGGAAGUUAUCCAAUUAGAGAAUGUUUAACUUGAGACAGGAUACACUUACCACUUAUCUAAAAGUACAUUUGCUCCCUUAAAGGGCAUAGUAGGUACUAGCAUGCUCCUGCAGCAGAGACAGCCACAUUUAAGGCCAGCAGCUCUUGUCAGGCGCAUGUCAACAUAUAGCAACUUCAUAAUCCUUGCCCAACAAAAGAAACAGGGAUGACAAUUUGGUUGGUAGGAGUACAUGUCGACAAUUACCUGGAGGAGAGAAACAUUUGGUUGGUAGGAGCAUGGUAGUCAAGGGAGGAUAGUAUAAUUGUCAAUCACAUACUAUAACACUUAUCGCAUAAGGGUACUCCAAGAUCUUUAUCACUUGGAGGUAAAUAAGGGCUCUCUUGGCUCCCAAAGGUCAAAUGACUAUCGGCCUAGUUUGCCAGCUAAAACAGUUAGAUUCCUACUUGGUAGUUAGUUACUCAAAAGGCUUUGUUAGAUGCGACUAAAUGGACUAACACAAUUAAGAAAUCAUUAAAAAUUAUAAAAAGAAGUAAAUUAUGCAUGUGAAUAUGACUCGCAUCAAUCUGGCUUGUGUUCAUAAGUUGCAUCCAUGGAGCAACUAGCUGAGCCAGUCUAAGCCAUUCUGCAUCAAGUUGAAAUAAGAUCUAUAUGUUCAAUUUAUUGCAUUGAUAAAGCAGCAGAGGAGAGCUAAUAUAGUCAAGCAAACUAAAGUUGCAAGCCACCUGAUACUAUGUUGGUUAAGUCAAACACCUUAAUUGUGGUGCAUGAUUUUGAGUCUUUUUCUUUAAUAUGUUCAAUCAGAUAAUUAUACAUGUCUCUGUUGUUACUUAUCAGAAAAGAAGCUAUCAUCAGUCGCAUAUUCUGCAAAUGAUUAGCAGAAUAUAAUAUGAAGAAACGGUGAGGUAAAAAGAAUCAUUCCUAACUAUUAAGCAGCCUAACGGUCUAUGCAGUGACCAUAACAACUUUAGUUGUAAGCUAACCAUUUAUCUUUUCAAUAAAAUAGUAGAUGAGCAUUUAAGAUGAAGCUAAUACUGGUAUACUGAAAAAGUAUCUUGGAUGCAAUGUGUUUUUGUAUUGGGUUUUCCGAUCGAAUCUUCAUAUCAUAGCAACUGAGCUUCCAAAAAUUGUCAGAAACCCUUGUGUUUUAAUGUUUCAUGUGCUUCACUUAGGAUGAUGUGGUUGAAAAAUUAGCCCUUGAAAUAUCAUCAUAUGAAGAUCGAGAAAUAAUUGUCUUUACACUGGGUGCAGGUACUUUAAUAAAAAAGAUGGUAGAAUUCUGUCGUAAUAUUACUCAAUUUUUUUCUAGUUCAUGACAUUUUCAUUGCUUGCUUUUAUGAGGUGAUAUCACAUCCGUUGGACCACUACUUCUUAGAAGAUUGGAAAGAGUUAAAGGAAUCUAACGAAGUUCUUGUAUGAAGGCUUCAAUCCUAUUCUUUUCCUUUGUUUUCAUUGCGUCUAUGUGUUCCACACAUUUUAAUUGGUCAUGUAAAGAUUGUAAAUACAUUUUGGCAUGGUAAUUUAACUCUCGGUGGGCACAUUUCUCCAUCCUUGAAGGAAAGACAGAUUUACAUAAAAUUCUUUUGUCAAUCUAUUUUAUACCAAUCUUUUGAGCAUGAGACAAUUGAAGUUGACCAAUAAACAGCAGUCACCUCGGUGCCCUAAAGUGAUAUAAAUCCACUCCAAGGGCUAUUAGAUUGUAAUACUUCAAUUUUGUUUCCCUUCAGGAGGCUAUUCUCUAUGGUUAUUUUUCGAGAAUGUUCAAGGGUUGUGGCAGCCCGGCAUGACCUCAGUUCGGUUUCCAUCAAGAAAGGAAAACCUCGACCUGGGCAUCCUGAGGUAAUGUGAAUAGACACUACUGGUUUGUUUCUAAGUUUUAUCCUUCUUUUUGUUUUUUUUGCAGGUUGUGUAAUCCUCUUUCCUAAGGAAGUAUACUCUAUACCCCUCAACGAAGAGCCGAGCAUUUUCCCAAGUAUACUCUAUACCCCUCGAUGAAGAGCCGAGCAUGUUAUUCAAUCCAACUACAGAAGAUGUGAAAAAGGAAGACUGCAACCAGCUUGGAAAAAGGUUAUAUUCAUUUUACUAGGUCAGUAUUAAAACUCUUAAAUUGUUACAAUCAUUUAAGUUUCAGGAAAUAACAUGAGAGAGCCAUUUGAUACUUUAGAAGUAGAUCCACUGGGAUACCUGCAGUCUCUACCAAAAGAUUUGUCCAUAGCCUAACAGUGUUGGAUUUAGGUCACCAUCAGCCUUAAGGUUAGCUCAAGGGCAUCUGACAUGCUGGUGGAAACACCUUGUC